GAUAGAGCCAUCAAAAGCCCUCCUGCAAGGUUGAAGUGCCACCAGUCUUCAGACUGAAGAAGCGGAAGUUGGAUGACAUCACUGAGUGGAGCUGAAAGAGCGGAAGUGAACGCUACAGACUGUCUUGACAAAGUCUUUGACGUGAGAGAGAAUUUCGUGUGGAUUGAAAAAUGUUUCUUCUUCUGAGUUUUAUCAUUGCAGGUACUAUGGCAGAGGACCCAUCAAUGAUUCAUUACCGUCUGAAAAACAGCUCAAUAUGUCUUCAUGUUAAAAAACCACCACCAUAUCAAAGUGGUCAGUGGACAUUUGCUGAAAAAGCUAUUAUUUAUGGUAACUCCAUCAACCCCGACUAUGCAGAAAAAGUGGAUUAUGAACCUAAGAACCUAACCUUGUGUGUGCGUGAUCUGAAUGAGACAAACAGUGGAAUCUAUCAAGUCUCAUUCGUUGACUCUAAGUUUAAUGCUAUCACUGAGUCUCACAAAGUCAUUGUUCAAGACGCUGUUCCCAGACCUGUGAUCAGGAUGUCAGUGCUGCACUCUAACCUGUCUGCUAGACUCUGCACCAUCAGAGUCAACUGCUCCAUCCAGGAAGACUGGGUGUGGUCUGUCUGUGAUGAGAACGGUUGCAAAACACCUCAGGAAUCACUCAGCAGGGUCAACAUAUCCAUCUCCAUUGACAACAGAACUGUUGUCUGCAGUGGCAACAACCAUGUCAGCACGAACAAUGUUUCUGAAAGCGUAGAGGCAACGUGCUUCAAUAAAUCUAAUCCUGAACAAAAACAAGAAUCACAACCAACAGUACCAGUUAUAAUAUUAAUAAUUAUUAUAGUGGUUGUAAUUCUCUCAUUUACUGUCUUCAUGGCUAAGAAGUGUUGGUCAACAGAAAAUAAUCACCAUCAGACACACAUAUCUAACGCACAGUUGAUGCAAAGCCAGCCAGUGGAGAUGCAGCCACAAGAGUCUCUACCAAGGCCCAGGGUCUCUACCUCUUCAAGUCAAGGUGAUGUCACUUAUGAAAAUGUAGAGACCACAUGUGCCAGCCAGACCAGCAACCCAACUAUCAGCCCAGGGGAGGAAUUGGGGUCCAAGCAAAGUCAGGAAGUAGAUACUGUUUACAGCCUUUUACAGGCACCAGCUGUGACGGCCUCUCUGGGCAAGAGUGACAACGGUAAAAAUAUGAAAGCAUGCAAGAAGAUACGAGAGGCAACGUUUGUCACCCUGGAUGAGGCAGACCACACCAGACAGAUUGACACAGUGUACAGUGUAUUGCAAAAGCCAAAAAGUCUGAAGGCACAGCACCAUCAACAGGACAAACAAGAUGUGGAGAAGCCAAAGACAUGAACAUGAAAGCUGAAAGAGGAAUGUUAGAAAGCAUUCUAUGAAAACCAGAAUGAUGAUAUGGACAUUUAUGCAAUUUUACAUUAUUACUUUGGAGGAUGGAUCUUUAUAGAUUAUGCAUUUGUUUUAUAGAUUUUUUUUUUAUUGUGGUAUUUUUUUUCUUUAAAGUGUGUCUUAACAUUAUUGAGUUCUGUUUAAGAAGAUAAACUUUGGUUGGGGUUCAAUGUUUAUAUUUUUUGUAAAAAAAAACAUCUUGGAAUUAUUAGU